AAUUUCUUAUUCGCUCAAAAUGUGACAGAUUUUGAGGAUAAAAAUCUAUCAACAAAUGACUAGAGGGUUAAUCGAGGAAAUUUUAUGAUAGCACUUUCCCAUUCAGCAUGAAAGACACGAGCAAUAGCCGUUGUCCAGUGGCCGGCCGUUGAACGAGGUUGAAGCCCCGACGAAGACUCUAUUUUGGGCCGGCAAACAGCCACCACAUUCCUGAAAUGGCGUGCUUAAUAACACAGGUCAAUCUUUUAGCAGGAGCCGAAGACGACGACGACGCCCCCUCCCCGCCCCUCGGCGUCCCCCGUCCUCCCCCCUUUGAUCGAUCAGGCCAUGGCGCAACACUAAGUCCCUCGCCGUCGUGUUGCGGCUCGUGAGCCAAACGAUUAAUCCGGCCGGAGGGCGGCCAUCCCGGCGGAGGACUACGUGUGCGUCGUCGCCGGCGACAGAUACAUAUUUAUAUAUAUAGAUGGGGCGGUCGUACCAUGAGGGGAAGGACGCGGCGGCGACGGACCUUGGCUACCCGCUGGUGGCCGUGUGCAUCGACAAGGACAAGAACAGCCAGAACGCGCUCAAGUGGGCCAUGGACUCGCUGGUCCACAAGGGCCAGACCCUCGUCCUCGUCCACGUCAACACCAAGGGCACCUCCGGCGGCCUCGAGGACGCCGCCGGCUUCAAGCAGCCGACGGACCCGCACAUGAAGGACCUCUUCAUCCCCUUCCGAUGCUUCUGCACCCGCAAGGACAUCCAUUGCAAGGACGUGGUGCUGGACGAGCACGACGUGGCCAAGGCGAUCAUCGAGUUCACGGCGCACGCGGCGGUGGAGAAGCUGGUCCUGGGCGCGACGGCGAGGGGCGGCUUCGUGCGGUUCAAGGCGGACAUCCCGACGACCAUCUCCAAGGGCGCACCGGACUUCUGCACGGUGUACGUCGUGAACAAGGGCAAGGUCUCCUCGCAGCGGAACGCCAUCCGCGCGGCGCCGCGGGUGUCGCCGCUCCGAUCGCAGAUCCUGCAGGCGCAGGCGGCGGCGCAGCAGAGCCAGGCGGCGCCCAGGCCCGAGCCGCCGUCGUCGCACCGGUGGUCGUCGUCGUCGAGGGGCUCCGACCACUUGGAGACGCCGCGGGUGGACAACUUCCGGUCGCCGUUCGCGCGCGGGGGCACCGGGAACACGCGCAAGUCCUACGCCGACCUCAGCCACAUGUCCAUGCCGGACUCGGCGGACAUCUCCUUCGUCAGCAGCGCCGGCCGCCGGAGCAUCGACCACCACCCGGUCAUCCCGCCGCGGAUGUCCAACAGCUCCGCCGACAGCUACGACCACAGCUUCGAGAUGUCACGCACGCCCAGCAAGUGGGGCGGCGACUCCUUCGGCGGCAUGGACCACACCACCUUCUCGCAGACCAGCAGCUCCUCCUUCUGCUCCCUCGGCAUGCAGGACGACGUGGAGGCGGAGAUGAAGCGGCUUCGGCUGGAGCUGAAGCAGACGAUGGACAUGUACAGCACGGCGUGCAAGGAGGCGCUGACCGCGAAGCAGAAGGCGAUGGAGCUGCAGCGGUGGAAGAUGGAGGAGGAGCAGAAGACGCAGGACUCGCGGAUCACGGAGGACUCGGCGAUGGCGAUGAUCGAGCGGGAGAAGGCGCGGGCCAAGGCGGCGAUGGAGGCCGCCGAGGCCUCCCAGCGGAUCGCGGAGAUGGAGGUCCAGAAGCGGAUCACCGCGGAGAAGAAGCUCCUCAAGGAGGCCGAGGACCGCAAGUCCCGCGGCGGCGGCGGCGGCAUGUCCCACGAGGUCCGGUACAGGCGCUACAGCAUCGAGGAGAUCGAGCAGGGCACCGACCGCUUCAACGACGCCCGCAAGGUCGGCGAGGGCGGGUACGGCCCCGUCUACAAGGGCUUCCUCGACCACACCCAGGUCGCCAUCAAGGUGCUCCGCCCCGACGCCGCCCAGGGCCGGUCCCAGUUCCAGCAGGAGGUGGAGGUUCUCAGCUGCAUCCGCCACCCAAACAUGGUGCUCCUCCUCGGCGCCUGCCCGGAGUACGGCUGCCUCGUGUACGAGUACAUGGCGAGCGGUAGCCUCGACGACUGCCUCUUCCGGCGCGGCGGCGGGCCGGUGAUCCCCUGGCAGCACCGGUUCCGCAUCUGCGCCGAGAUCGCGACGGGCCUGCUAUUCCUGCACCAGACCAAGCCGGAGCCGCUGGUCCACCGCGACCUCAAGCCCGGCAACAUCCUCCUCGACCGCAACUACGUGAGCAAGAUCAGUGACGUCGGGCUGGCGCGGCUCGUGCCGCCGUCGGUCGCCGACACGGUGACGCAGUACCGGAUGACGUCGACGGCGGGGACCUUCUGCUACAUCGACCCGGAGUACCAGCAGACGGGGAUGCUCGGGGUCAAGUCGGACAUCUACUCCUUCGGGGUGAUGCUGCUGCAGAUCAUCACGGCGAAGCCGCCCAUGGGGCUGAGUCACCACGUCGGGCGCGCUCUGGAGCGCGGGGCGCUGCGGGACAUGCUCGACCCGGCCGUGCCGGACUGGCCCGUCGAGGAGGCGCAGUGCCUCGCCGAGAUGGCGCUCCGGUGCUGCGAGCUCCGGCGGAAGGACCGGCCGGACCUCGGCGGCGUCGUGCUGCCGGAGCUCAACCGGCUGCGCGCGCUCGGCGAGGACAACAUGCAGUACUGCGGCCCCAUCCGGGGCGGCGGCGGCGGCGGGAUGCACAGCUCGCCGUUCUACAGCAACGUCUCGCGGUCGAACGCCGCCGAGAUGAUGAGCGAUUCGUCACAGUACCCAAGAUCAGUGUUCAGCUCGAGAGCGAGCGACUCGCCGAUGCCGCCGAGGAGAUCGAACGCCUGACGCGUGGUGCAGAAUUUCUUUGCACAAGCUGUGUGUACUAAUACAGAU